AAAUUACUGCGAAACAUUACUAAAAUUUCCAAUAUAUCGUCCAUAGUGCAUUUACAUCAUUGUUACUCAGUGAAAUAAUGAUGUUAUUACAGUAACAUACACAUUACGAUGACUUACUACCUGAGGCCAUAGUGAACUAGAUAAGUGGUAAAUAUAGUGAAUAGUAGUGUGUUACAUGGCCUCAUUCAAGCGGCGACAACUUACUUGACCCCGUAAAAGACAAACAUGGUACGGAAACGAACAUUGGGUAUUGGCUAAGGAUAACAUUCAAGAAAAGUAGCAACAAAACACUCGGCUACAGAUAGUUAAAGACAUAUACCAAGAUGCAGCAUUACAAGGAUGCAUUCAUUGAUCUCAUGGGUGGCUCUAUGGGUGGUGCUGCCGCUGUUUACGUUGGGCAACCACUAGAUACUGUAAAAGUAAAGAUGCAGACAUUCCCGGACCUGUACAAGGGUAUGGGUGGCUGCUUCUUCAAUACCCUAAAGCGAGAUGGUGUCCGAGGUCUCUAUGCUGGUACUGCCCCAGCUCUUGCGGCAAAUAUUGCUGAAAACUCUGUACUUUUUGCUGCGUAUGGAAUGUGUCAAAAAAUUGUGGCAUCUUGUACUGGUACAAAGAAAAUAGAAGACCUGUCAGCCUUCAGUAAUGCAUCAGCGGGCUUUCUUGCAGCCUUCUUCUCCUCACUCACCCUUUGUCCAACAGAGCUGAUCAAGUGUCAAUUACAAGCUAUGCGAGAAGUGGCUCUCACACAGAAUAGAGAACCGGAACGAAUUGGACCAAUGAAACUCACUAGACAAAUCCUAAAAGUAGAUGGUGUUCCCGGGCUCUUCCGAGGCUUGACUUCAACGUUUGCAAGAGAGAUGCCGGGAUACUUCUUCUUCUUUGGAGGUUACGAGGCCAGCAGGACACUCUUGACACCUGAAGGAAAAACUAAAGAUGAAAUUGGACCGGUGAAGACGAUGUUUUGUGGUGGGAUUGCUGGUGUUAUCUUGUGGGUUGCCAUCUUUCCUGCCGAUGUAGUUAAGUCCCGGAUCCAGGUGGCCGGCUCAACUGAUCCUAUGUCAAAGGUACUUCUUGGAAUCUACAGGAACGAAGGAAUUCUUGCGUUGUACAAUGGUUUGGGUCCAACCGUGUUGCGUACCUUCCCUGCCACGGGGGCGCUCUUCUUGGCAUAUGAGGGCACGAAGAAACUCCUACAUAAUCUCAUGGACUGAUUCAUAUCUGCCUUACUUUAUUUCCAGUUAUCAGAUUGUCUAGUUUUAUAUAUUGAUCACCUUUAUACAGGAACACAUCCAUUCAGAGAAAUAACAUGACCACUCAUGCCUUUCACCUAGAUGUUCGUUGGUGUGACAGAACAUGGUACUGUAGUCAUGCAUGUGUGUCAUUUUGUCCAGAUUCUCAUUAGUAUGAGACGACAAGUCACAUACACACUCACCUGGGAGCUCUACAGGAUGAAAUAAUGUGAUACUUUUACAGGACGUCUAUCCAGAUUUCAUUUGCAUGAAAUAAUGUGAUAAUAAUUAGCACAUGCUUUCGUCUCGAUGCUGUUAAUGUGAAGGUUUCAUCAUCGUUGUGUAGUCAUUUAGUGAAAAAAAUCCUCCUUUUAACACUUGUACUGUUGUAUAUAGCAAGGUCUACAGAAUCCACCGACACAUUUUUGCAUUACAUACAGGGGGUAUGUGUUUUUCACUCUCACUGAUGGGGUUGCAGCGUAAUUCAAGAAUGGAAUGAGCCACAUUGUUUACCCACAGCAGACCUCUUCAGCAUGAUACUGUAUCUCUUAUAGGUGCAGAUUAUUGGAGAUGAAAGAUAUAAUAACCAUAAGGAUUUAUUAUUUUGGAGUUUUUAUCAUGAGAAUCUCCCUCUGACAGUUGAAUUCAUCAAUAUGAACUUUAAUUGGCUUUGUUUUUUAAUCUUACUUGUAGAUUUUACUCAGUAAGAGAAUUAUAUGGAAUACUGCCAUGGUCUGCUCAUAGGUGGUGGAUCUGUUUGUAGGUGAGAAAUGUCACUUUUCUGCUGAUGCUAUACUGUAUCAAUAACUAAUAAAGCCAUGAUUAUUUGUUUAGAGAGAUAUUUAAAAAAAAAAAAAUUUCCCAAUUAAAUAUGAUUGAGCACAUUGAUUUGCAUCUGUCUGUCUGUCUCAGUCUCUUUGUUCAUACAUCUGUACCUACUUCUCUCCCUCCCAAGAUUAAGUUUACAUAAUUUGCCUCCAACAUCAAGCAAUUAAAUUUUUUAGACUUCUUUAUAUGCAUUCUUGGAUUACCUGAUUAGUCUCUCUAUGUGCUGUGUUGGGUCAUUGGGGACAUAUACAUUACUUACCAAAUACAAUUUAAAUAUAAAAUAAUUUACUAUACUUAAAACUAAAUGAACAUUCGCUGAUUCUUUCUGAAAUGUUCCAAAAGCAACUAACCAAAAAAAUUGUGCCAAAUGUUCUGAAUCUAGAUAUUAAGCCCUUGGCAGUCGAAUAAUACAUUGGCAUUACUGAAAGAGGUUUGUGAUAGCUGUGCUGUGAGUCUAUAUGAACAUGAGAAAGGUACAAAUGUACUUUAAACUUUCAGUUUUAUUGUGAAGGAAAGAUAUAAUUGAUUAUUUUCUCUUGUAUUUUCCUGAUAAACUUUAAAAGGAUUUGUAUCUUGACUAUUGUUAAAUUCCACAUACAGUACAGUACAGUAUUCAUCAGCGACAUAAAUCCUUCCAGUUAUCUCGCAUACAUGUCUAGUUUGGUGUUCAUAAGCACGUGUGAUAAACGGUAUGUUUACACCACUUACCUCAAGAUAUAGGUCAGUUUCACUUCCAGAUAUAUACUGGAUGUGUACAGUGUUACUAGCCAUGAUGUGAGUCAUUGUAUUAAUUAAUUCAGGGUUCUCUUUGACUCAUUAAAAAUAAUAACCUCCAUAAUUCAGGGUGAACACUCCACCUAACAGUGAACUUUUCUCUGAUUGUUUACAAUGAACAGGAAUCCAAUUCCAAAAAACAAACAAUUUCUUGACACCUACACUGUAAACACAAAAUAACUGCUGUAUGAAGGAAAUUACUUACCAGUCAUAAUAGCACAGUAUAUCUUAAAGGCAUUUAUCCACCAAAAAUGUAAGUGUUUGGUUG